AUCUUAGAUGACAUGCAUGAACAUGAUGAAUGAUGUAACAUUGCAAGACUGCCAAGAGUCACAAGUAAUGCCGGAUGCAUUUUCAUCCCUUGAUCCUGUGCAGUCAUGGAAGUGAGUGAACAGAACAUCACUGCCCUGUCCAAUUACCUCAGACAAACCAUGUCCCCUGACCCAGCGGUCAGGAAACCAGCUGAAGAUUUCCUUAAGUCUGUUGAAGCUAACAAGGGUUACCCGCUCUUGUUGUUGGAGCUCCUCACUAGGGAGAAAGAGGAGCCCCAGAUCAGGGUAUCUGCAGGCAUCACAUUUAAAAAUUACAUCAAGAGGAACUGGCGUGUGCCACCUGACCAUGAUGAUCUCAUUGAUGAAAAAGAUCGCCUCACCAUCAAGCAACAGAUUGUGGACUUGAUGUUAAGAAGUCCGGAGCAGAUACAGCGACAGCUCAGUGAUGCCAUCAGUAUCAUCGGACGAGAAGACUUCCCUGAUAAGUGGCCGAAUCUUAUUCAGGAUAUGGUGAAUUAUUUUGCAAGCAGGGACUUCCACAUUAUCAAUGGCAUCUUGAGGACAGCGCAUUCGAUCUUUAAAAGGUAUCGCCAUGAAUUCAAAUCGCAAGCACUCUGGACCGAAAUCAAAUUUGUCCUUGACAACUUUGCACAACCUCUUCAGCUGCUUUUUGAGGCCACUAUGAAGUUAGCUCGUGAGCAUGCCAGCGAUGCUAAUGCACUGAAAGUAGUCUUCAGUUCCCUUGUGCUUAUUUGUAAAAUCUUUUACAGUCUCAAUUUCCAGGACCUACCAGAGUUUUUCGAGGACAACAUGAAAUUCUGGAUGGAGAACUUCCUUGUCCUCCUCACAUCUGACAACAAGAUACUAAAGACCGAGGACGAAGAAGAAGCUGGAUUACUGGAACAAGUGAAAUCUCAAAUCUGUGAUAACAUCGCCCUGUAUGCUCAAAAAUAUGACGAGGAGUUUCAGGAACACAUGCCCACGUUCUUGGAAGCCGUGCGGCACCUCUUGGUCACAACGGAUGAAAAAAUGAAAUACGAUCUUCUGGUCAGCAAUGCAAUCCAGUUCUUGGCAUCUGUUGCUGAGCGUCCAAGGAACAAAGAGCUGUUUGCUGAUCCAGAAGCCUUAGCAGGCAUCUGUGGAAAUGUCAUUGUGCCGAACAUGCGAUUCAGAGUGUCUGACGAGGAAUUGUUUGAAGACAAUCCAGAGGAAUACAUAAGAAGAGACAUAGAAGGCUCAGACGUGGACACGAGAAGAAGAGCUGCUAGUGAUCUAGUGAAGGCCUUGUCCAGCAUGCACGAAGAGGUCAUCAUACAACUUUUUACCCAAUAUGUGCAGCAAAUGCUAGCAGAAUACAGUCAAAAUCCAACUCAAAACUGGAAACAGAAGGAUGUUGCUAUCUAUUUGGUAACAUCACUUGCCGCGAAAGCCCAGACACAAAAGCAUGGUAUUACACAGACGAGUGCUUUGGUCAACAUUGGUGAAUUUUACAAAGCCCAUAUACUCCCAGAUCUUCAAGCAACAGAUGUGAAUGAAAGACCACUUUUAAAAGCAGACGCAAUAAAGUUUGUGAUGACAUUCAGGAACCAAUUGACAAAAGAUGAUUUAGUGCAGUGUAUACCCCUCCUUGCAAAUCAUCUGACGGCCAACAGCAUUGUCUGUCAUAGUUAUGCUGCCCAUUGUGUGGAGAGACUCUUCACUGUUCGGAAUGCCACAGGAGGCCCAGCAAUUAGUCGAGAUGAGAUUCUCGGUUCUAUCCAAAAGUUAUUAGAGAAUCUAUUCAGUGCUAUGGAGAAGGAAGGGUCACAAGAAAACGAGUAUGUCAUGAAAGCCAUCAUGAGGACUAUUUCGUUGCUACAAGGCAGCGUUGUCGAUUUCGUUGGUAUAAUCAUGAAGCAGCUGAUGGCGAAACUCAUGUUGGUUUGCAAGAAUCCGAGUAAACCCCACUUCAACCACUACUUGUUUGAAACGCUGUGCGUGUCCAUACGCAACACUUGUAAAGCUACGCCAGAAGCCCUCUGUCACUUUGAGGAGUGCUUGUUCCCAGCGUUUGAGAGGAUUCUCGGUGAAGACGUUCAAGAAUUCUGUCCAUAUGUGUUCCAAAUCUUGUCGAUCAUGUUAGAGAAUCACAAGGGUGCCGUCGACACGUAUAUGAAUGUGUUCCCCCACUUGCUUGUGCCGAUUCUUUGGGACAGACCUGGCAAUAUUCCACCGCUGAUACGAUUGCUGCAGGCUUACAUUGAGAAGGCGUCGCCACUGAUCGAAGAUGAAAAAAUAAAAGGGUUACUUGGUGUGUUCCAGAAGUUACUGGCAUCAAAGACGAAUGACCAUGAAGGAUUCUACCUUCUGAACAGCAUGAUUGAGUUCAUGGGCUUGGAGCGCAUUACACCCGCCCGCGUGAAACAAGUCUUUGUACUUCUCUUUACAAGGCUCACCAGUUCAAAAACAACUAAAUACGUCAAAAGCUUGCUUGUGUUCUUUUCCCUCUUUGCCAUCAAGUGUUCGGCCACGACUCUCAUAGAGAUUAUCGAUUCAGUGCAACCCAAAUUAUUCGCUAUGGUGCUUGAACGUCUGUUCAUCCUCGAAGUGCAGAAGGUAUCUGGAAACAUGGAGAAGAAAAUAUGUGCCGUCGGAAUCACAUUGAUACUCACCGAGGCUCCAGCUAUGAUUACCCAGUAUGAAAACCUGUGGGUACCCCUUCUCCAGGCCCUGAUUGGUUUGUUUGAACUGCCAGAAGAUGACACCGUUCCAGAUGAUGAACAUUUCAUCGAGAUUGAAGACACACCAGGUUACCAGACCGCCUACUCAAAGUUGAUGUUCGCCGGGAAAAAAGUGCACGAUCCAUGUGCAAAUGUUAGUGAUAUGAAGGGGCAAUUGGCAAAGAAUCUGCAGAAGUUGUCGAUUGGACAUCCCGGCAAGUUGACACCAAUGAUCACCUCAGGUCUUCAACCAGAAGCAGCUCAGUUCCUCCAGCACUAUAUGCAGGCUACUAACGUUACACUAGUUUGAAAUCGAGGACCUGGCAAAUCGACGUUGACUCUGUGACAGUAUGAGACUGUUACUACAUGUAACAUUAGGCACACAGGAAGAACCUGUAGUUAGAGAUGAGGAAAUUUGUGCAGCGCCAAGUUAUUUGACUCUUAUGAAGAGUUUACCAGCAACAGAAUUAAGCGUAACCCUUUCAGUGGAGAAUGGAAUAGUAUAAUAUCUCAUCCUAUUAUUGCAUGGCUUGGCUAGGCAACUGAUCAGUUGUUGUCAUGUGUGUUAUUAUUAUACAUGUAAAUGUGCUAUUCAAGACCUCCUGUCUGGCUUAUUAUUUGAUUAUCAUUUUGAAGCGGCCCUUAUUCGGCCUAGCCCCACAUGUGCAACUAGAAGACUAGGCCUACAUGUACAUGUACUGGAAUACCAGGCCUACAUGUAUCAGAAGAGAUGUCCUGAUCACAGAUGUUGCAUGUUUUUAAAAUAUGGAUGUAACGACCUUGCUAUGAAUUCCACCAUAUCCAUCAACAAACAUGUGACAUACAGAAAAGAGUGAGAUAUUAACAGAAAUUUGUUUGGGAGUACAAGGUAAUAAUGAUGAGUAACAUAAUGAAGUAUUCAUUUCGUAUCGCAUACAACUCAGUCUUUUAUGGUACCGUUGAUUCUAAAGAAUUGCUUUCUAAAACUUGCUCUAUUAUCAGGUUUAAAUCGUCAGUCCAGUCCUUUGCUUUUUCGAUGAAACUGCAUAAACCUAUUUGGUGGUAUUUGAAUAUGUGCUUUCCAGUUGUUGAAUAAAGAGAAUGAACAAAUGUA